CAGCCUAUUACAAAUAAUGGCCGUUCAUAAAAUUAAAAAUGAGAUUCAUUGUAUUUUACCGAGUUCUUGGAAUUUACCGCUUUUAUGGUAGUACAUGCACCGGUAAUAUUUUAUAGAACAUAAAUCAGAAUGGCUCACAUUCCCCGCCUAUCAGAGAUCCUGUAUGUAGGUCUGUGUUGUGAAAUAGGGACACCAACAGAAGUGACGAUCAGAAGGGACGUGCUGGACAUGGGUGACACGAUAGAUGAAAAGAUAUCUAAAAUUUCGAAAGAUGUAGAUACCACAAGAAGAAUGUUAAGCGGUAGUUAUAGAGAAGGCUUUAGGUUUAAUACAUCUGACAGAGAUUAUAUGAUGUGGCUUUGUGAACGUUAUUUUUUAAUAAAUGACAUUUCUCAGUUGAGGGACUAUUCAUCAAAUCUUGACAUUAUUCUCAUGGAUGUCACAGAUACACCACCAGGAUUUGUAAGACUACAGCUUCUUACACGUCCUGUAUAUAAUUUCUUUACAUCAGCAUUCGUUCCUUUAAAUGAUCGAAUUUACAUUUCUAGCUUCUUUCUGAGGCAGUUUUUCGUUGAAAAGUGUUCUAGUUUAAUGAAGUAUCAACAUGGUCACGAACAUGGCCCUUGCUUCAGUGGGUAUUUGUCGGGAGAUGUUGAUAUAGCAUUCUGCUUUACCUGCAAAUAUUGGCCCCCUCAAACAAAUGACUGGAUUGAAAGAUGUUUCAGACACAAUUGGCCUCCUGCAAGUGUGCUUAAAGAUAUCUUAAACAAUAAUUACCACUGUGUGGCUAUUGGGAGUAAUGACACUAGCGUUGGGAAUAUAUUCAAUUGGAGAUUUUCCUUUUCUCUUGCAGAACAAAAACUCGUGUAUUCCAUGAAUCAUACUCAAUUUAUGUGUUAUGGCCUUCUCAAAAUAUUUCUCAAAGAGGUAAUCAAUAAGAACGUAGAAGAACCAUUACUGUGUUCUUACUUCAUGAAGACUUCAAUGUUCUGGUUAAUACAAAUUGGACAUGUGAGGUGGUCUCCUGACAAUCUAUUAGAAUGCUUUUGGAAGUGUUUAAAAUAUCUCAUUCUGUGUGUAUACCGUGGUAAAUUUGCCAAUUUCUUUAUUCCACAGAACAAUUUGUUUAUAAAUAAGAUUGUCGGCAUUGCACGUGAGUCUUUAUUAAAUCAACUUUAUCAGUAUUACAGAAUGGGCGUAUCCUGCCUACAACUAAGCUCUACAGUCAGAUCUAUCCUAGAGCCAGCCCUCAGCGGUCCAUGUGAUAUUCAAUUUUCUGGAAGAGUAUGUGAGGAAAUUGGAUGUGUAAUAAACGAUCUGCAAAUGCUAGAGGAAUUACAAGAAAUUGUUUUAAUGCCAUGUCAUUUCUUUUUAUUUUUAAAAUCUAUGGACACAUUGUUAAAUUUGUCACUGUCACCGUAUAGUUCCUUAACAUUACAGUGUUGUACAGCUGAUGUUCUUGCACUGACCACUUUUGUGAUUUUAAAGUAUUCGUCUAAUUCUAAAAAUAAACUUAUGUACAAUUUGGGAAAAAUGCUGUGCAACAUGUUGAAAGUGUCUGCACGGAUAGGAACCAUCUCGCAUUCACUGUAUUUAGCAUUGUAUUACUUUAGGACAGGGAGAUACAAUAAAGCACUUAAUGUUUCUAAUCUGGUGAAACAAAGACUUUCAGAACACUUUAUUUUGUAUUACACCACACCAGUAGACAGACACAGAUAUAGUGAAGAAAUAAGUCAUUUAUCUUUGUCUAGAAAAAUGAAAGCCACCUGGGUUGUGAAUCUUAAGUUUUAUUAUGGGAUAUACUUCAUUGAAGAAUUAAUAUUAGAGCAAGUAGAGGAUAAAUUAAAAACACCGCAUGGCCAAUUUAGAACUUAUCCAAUUUUUAUAUUGGUAGAAAUGCUGUCUGCUUUAUCAAACUACCGCCUUGGUAAUAGAGCUCAGUAUCUACAGUCACUGACAGACCUUCACACACUGCUCCUUUACGAUGAUGGAAGAUAUAUACUACCAUUCCACAGAGACAUUUCCUGGCAGAUACUAGGAAUCUGUCAGCAAGUUGUCGGAGACUUACACGGGGCUUUACAAUCCUACCAAGAAUCGCUGAAACAAAAAUCAGGACACGGAACAGAGAUGGCAGCACAUUCAAGAAUUCACAAUAUUCGGCAUCAACUAAGUAAAAAUCGACGAGUAUGA